AUGCAUACGUACCCGUCCGAGUCUUGUCCCAGUUUGGAUGCUCUGGUGCGCGUGGCGGCGGGGCUGGUGCGGCUGAAGCAUCCAUCACGCCGAAAGCCUCCGGCAUCGUGGGAAAUUCUGUUUCGAGGCACGAUUCGUCUUCAGCUCUUGCUAAUCCCGCUUGACCCGUCCCGAAAACAGAUCCGUCUACUCCAUGUCGAGCCGAACCCAGCUGACCUCCGCGCGGUGCUGGAAACGGUCUCGCUCGAUGAUGACCCUCGGUACACGGCACUCUCCUACACAUGGGGCACAGAAUUGUCCAGCGGCGCCGGGAUCGCCCUGAACGGGCACCCCCGGCAGCCCGUCACGCGGAACCUCCAGGUCGCCUUGGAGCACCUGUGCGCGGGCAAUCAGCCCGUCACGCUCUGGAUUGACGCGCUGUGCAUCAACCAGGCGGACGUCGCCGAGAAGUCCCACCAGAUCACGCUCAUGAAGGACGUGUACAGCAAGGCCGAGUCGACCUGCGUGUGGUUGGGCCCGGCGGCGGACAACAGCGACCUGGCAAUGGCGACGAUUGGCGAAUUAUACGCGGAGAAGACGUAUGUGCUUCCCGAAGAUGCGCUGUCUGAGGCGCAACUCGAGGCGAUCAACGCCCUGCAGGGGCAAGCGAUGUUGUCGAACGACCCCGUAGUAAGAUGCGGCGACGCAACGCUCCCCUUCGAAGCCUUCGUCCACCUCGACGACAUCCGGCGAGGGUAUAUCCGCCCGGAGCAGCGAUGGCUCAACAACGCGGAGGGGGGAAGCCGCUUCGUCAUCCAGAGAAACCCCUUUUCUAACGUCCUCACGGACUACCCCGAGGAGAAGCCCAAGGUCAAGGCGGGCAGUACUCCGCUGGCUGAGUACCUUCCCCUGGUGGAUCAGUUCAAUGCCACGGACGCGCGGGACAAGAUCUACGGCCUCCUAGGGCUGGCAACGCCGGCCGAUGUGCGCUUCCUGGCACCUGACUACUCACAAAGCGUUGCUGAUGUCUAUACCCGUGCCACGGCGCGGUUCAUUAUACAGUACCAGGAGCUCCUGUGGCUGCAAUUCGACAACGACAGCAAGAGCCCGGCGCACGCACUGCCGUCGUGGUGCCCGGACUACUCGUAUGAGCCGGGCAGACCACGGCGUGGCUAUCAGGCCGUGACUGCGAAUGCCCCAGACGGCUUCUGCGCCAGCGGCACGUCGUGCUGGGGCCCCGCCAAGGUGUUCAUCUCGGGGCUGUUCCCGACCGCGUCGUGGGGAGAGCUGCACCUGCGCGGCCUCGACUAUGACACCGUCGAGUACGUCGGGCCGAAUCCGUUUAUGAAGCCGUAUACGGGCCAUGUCAUGGCUGAGAGGAUGGAGAAUGUCAGGGCGCGCAAUGUCCAGACGAGGGAUAAUGUCCUGGCGUGGGAACAGGCGGUGCUGGCUAAGUGGCAGCGUGACGGGUUCCCUUACGGUACGCUAGGCCUAGGGCAAGAGGAGGCGCUCUGGAGGGCGCUGAUGUGGGAUCGUGAUUGGCAUGGGCACAGGGUCCCAUCUGAGCAUGGUCGGUACUUCGACGCGUGGCUUGGCCGUGCAGAUGUUGAUGCUUCUUACGCCCUGGCGAAUAGCAGCGCGGGCAUGGACGAGGUAGAGAUACGUCGGACUUUUGUCAAGCCCUUCACCGACUGUUGCGUCAGUCGAUCUCACGGACGAUCUUUCAUCAUCACGAAGAGAGGGUAUAUUGGCUUAGCUCCUUUCAAGACCUGUCUGGGUGAUAAGAUCACGGUCCUGCAGGGCGGGACUGUCCCGUUCGUGCUGAGGGGACGUACAGGUGCUCCGGAGGAAAGUUGCGAUAGUGCGGCUGGGCAGGUAAAGUCCUUGCAGGUGAGGUGCGAGUUUGUGGGUGAGGCAUUUGUCAUGGGCAUUAUGGAAGGCCAGGUGGUGGCACAGGCUCGUGAUGAGGAAGUCAGGGAGUUCGUUCUUACUUAG